AUGAAUAAGAUACCUCCAAAAAUAUUGAAAUAUUUCAAAUAUGCUGUUGAAUUCAAAUGCAAGAUAACACCACCACCAAAGACUUCAACUGAAUUAAAUUUUAUCAUUCAAAACUUUGAAAAGUUAAGUGCCAUAGAUUAUUUGACAAAUACAUCGCUAAAUGAUGUAUCAAUUAUAGAAAAUCAGGGAUUUUGGAUGAAAAUUGUAUUCAACCCGGUGUUUAACAGAUCCAAAGUUGCCCCCGUCUUUAGUGAUGACGAUAAAAUUAAUGAUGAUAAAUCAGAGUUAAAGUCAAAGCAUAUACAAGCAAAAUUAAUCGAAAAUUUAGAUAAUUUAAUUGCAAUCCCAAGAUAUCUUUAUUUGAAAAAUGAUAAUUCAGGAUUCUUAUCAAAUCGAACUCAUCUCAAAUUUAAUUACGAUCUAUCAACAAAAGGUUCAAUGUAUCAUAAUAAAUUUGAGUUGUCUAAUGCCUCAAAUAAUUCCGCCUUCAUAUAUGUCACCAAAUGUGAUCCACCGAUAGAUAAGUAUAAGUUGAGAGCGUCUAUACGGCAUAAUUUUCUGCAUUUUCAUAAGAUUGAUAAUAUUGAGAUCAAAACUAAUCCGUAUCUAAUAGUGAAAAAUUUACAAGAGCCACUAUGA